AUGUCAUUGACUAAAGACGACAGUUUUGAAAUGGCUGGAAAUUUUGUUCGAGGAUCAAAAUUGAGGAAAUCAUUUCGUAUUCGUCAUCGGCAUAAUUCGAAGCUUCCUCCAUCAGCACUAAUUUAUAUGAAGUCACUAGAGAAGAAAAAUAGUGAGAAUGAAAUUAAUACAUCAACUAAGCCAUCAAUAGUGGGUGUUCACUUGAAGAGUGACAUUCGAAAAAAGGAGGAUAAGCCGAUUAGAAAGAUUACUAAUCUAACGGAACUUGAUGAAUCUAUAUGUGAUGAUUCAACGCCAUUGCUUCGGAAGACAUCAAGUAGAAAUAGUUUUAAGCAACCUACUAAGAAAUACAAGAAGAAACUGAACAAAAUCAUUAGCUUCUUCAGAUAG